AUCUAGCAAUAGAUCUCAUCCCUAAAGAAGAAGAUCUCCACCGGUUGGUCCCAUUGAUUCCAACAUAAUGUCCCAGAACUUGCCACGUGGCGUUCUGUCUGAAAGGUUGCUGUGCUGUUGUGCUUACAGAAUCAUUAUCUCCCUCGCUGUAAUAUCUCUCCUCUUUAUGCUUCUGUCACUUUCUGUCUGUACCAAAAGAAGUAAAGAACCUUACCCAUCUCUCUCUCCUCUGUUUCUUUCAUGUUUUAUGAGAGCUUCUUAAGAAACUUCUGGCCUAUGGGUUUAUGUAGAGACUAGAGAGCAAGUGAGAGGAAAGAGAAAGUUUUGUUCCUGUUGUUGGGCGUGGAACUUCAACUUCCACAAGUCAGGUUUAGAUCUUCUACUUCUUCAGCUUCUGAUUCGUCCAGAAGCUUUCCAAAUAUAAGAUCUGACAUGGAACACCAAGGUUGGAGUUUUGAGGAGAAUUACAAUCUGUCCAAUAAUAGAAGAUUUAUAAGGCCACAAGAUGAACUAGUAGAGUUGUUAUGGCGAGAUGGGCAAGUGGUUCAGCAGAGCCAAACUCAUAGAGAUCAUACUCAAGCUCAAGCUCAAGCUCAGAAACAGGAUCAAGAAACCCUAAGAUCCAACACUUUUCUUGAAGAUCAAGAAACCGUCUCUUGGAUCCAAUACCCUCUAGAUGAAGAUCCAUUUGAAUCCGAAGACUUCACCUCACCUUUCUUCUCAACUAUAGAUCCCCUCCAGAGACCUGCUUCAGAGACGGUUAAGCACGAGGCCGGUCCUGUCCCUCCUGAUCAAGUCAUGCCUCCUCCUAAGUUUAGGCUAACGGAUUCAUCAUCAGGAGGUAGGGAACUAGGAAAAGAACAGUACUCGGUGAUGACCGUUGGACCGAACCACUGCGGGAGCAACCAAUCUCAAACCGAUCCCGAUGUCUCAUUGACUCAUGAUCCAAGUAAAACAAUCGAUGAGAGGCUCUACUCGACCGAAAAUUCAUCAUCAGGUGGCUCCUCUGGUUGCAGCUUUGGCAAGAACAACAAAGAAAUAGCUUGUGGAAGAAGCAUCACAGCAGACCGUAAGAGAAAACAUAUAAUGGACACUGAUGAAUCUGUGUCUCAGUCAGAUGCUAUCGGUAAUAGCAAGUCGAACCAAGGAUCAGGAUCAACCCGAAGAAGUCGAGCAGCUGAAGUUCAUAAUCUUUCCGAAAGGAGGAGGAGAGAUAGGAUCAAUGAGAGAAUGAAGGCUUUGCACGAACUAAUACCUCACUGCACAAAAACUGAUAAAGCUUCAAUUUUGGAAGAAGCCAUAGAUUAUUUGAAGUCACUUCAGUUACAGCUUCAAGUUAUGUGGAUGGGGAGUGGAAUGGCUGGUGCUGCAGCGACUCCUAUUAUGUUCCCUGGGGUACAGCCUCCUCCACCGUUCAUCCGUCAGGUGCAAAGCCCGGUACUGUUGCCACGAUUUCCGGUUAUCGACGGGUCUGCUAUUCAGAACAAUCCUGGUUUAGUUUGUCAAAACCCGGUACAAAGCCAAGUUUUUCCCGAUCGGUUUGGUAGAUAUGUUGGCCUAUUCCCACGUAUGCAGGGCACGUCUCAGCCGAUGGAGAUGAUGACAUUUGGUUCUCCGGCGGGACAGGAAAGUCAACGUACUUCUGCGCCGACGAAGACCACCGACGGUCCUCGUUAGGGCGCCACUAAGCGGCUGUGGCAUUUUUUCUUUCUUUUGUGGUUUGUUUGGUUGUUGGGGCAUUCUUCGUUAUUUAUAUAAUCUUUUGAACAUAGUUUUUUUUUUAAACUAAGGCCAUCUUUUGAACAUA